UGUCCCACCCAGGGUUAGAUAAUCCAGUCCGGGACCAGGCGUGCCGCUCCAGCCCAGCCCAUCGUGCGCUGCAGCGCCGCUGACGCCGUCUGCGCUGCAGUCUGCCGCUGACAAAACAAUAUUCCCACACGCCCGAGACUGGCUGCGCGGUCAGACACGGCUACACAUGCUUGUCAUCGAGCGCAAACCCGCCGCCGACUCCCUGAGGCAAGAUGUAUCACUCUGACCACGGUGUAGACUUCCCUGACCUCUCCUUCCAAAUACCUGGCAGCCCUGCAGAGAGAGGCCCAGCAAACAGAGUGUGAAUACAACUGUCAGCACACCCCGUUUCAGCCUUGCCCCCCACCCAUACAGGGCUCCGUUCAGCUGCUGCAGCUCCAGUCCCACCUUCCCUCCUCUUAGACCAUGGACAGCCCUCCUAAACUGUCUGGUGAGACGCUGAUUGUGCAUCACAUUCCCCUGGUGCAUUGUCAGGUGUCAGGUGGGCGGCAAGGUGGCUGUGGGAGCUCAAUGAAGAGGAGCAACCCUUUUAGCCCACCAGAGAACCUGGGCUUGAGUCGCACCACUUCCCUUCCUGAGAGAGACAUCCUCCAGAGAGAAGCUCUGCUCUACAGCAGCCUGAUCCAGACCUCUAGUGGGUCCUGGUCCUCCCACAAUGGAGGAAGAGAACAAAAGGGUGGCGGGAGAGGCGGCAGCACAGCCAGUGAUGAUUCAUCAUUUACCUCGAGCAAUUCAGAGGACCAGCUGAUUACAGCACACACAUUACCCAGAGCCAAACCGAAGACCAGGAAUCCAUUGCGUCAUAAUCCAUUCCUGCUGAAUACCGAAGAUGAUGAGGAUGAUGAAGGGGAGGAAGAUGAUGGUGACAACCUCAGUGGUUACCUUGAAGACUCCUCUUUUCACCUUCACAGUGACACUAACUCUGCACUCGAUGACGGAUUAGCACCCUUUCAUUUACACGACCUUGGCUUUGCUUCUGAGCCCUUUCUCCUUCACAGCUCAGUGGGAGGAAGCAGUCGGGAGUCCCUGAGAGGUGGAGCCUCGGAUCUUUCUAACCACCUAGAGGACCUCGACAUCUUGGACCUUAACAGCCAACGGCGCCAUGGAAGCAGCGGCUCCAACAUGUCAAUGGACUGUGGGGAUCAAGACUGGGGGGAUGACGAUGAAGAAGAUGAAGAUCAUCCGAUGAGGUGUGGGAGAAGCAGCAAAACGGGCUCCUACUCUUCCAGCUCUUCCACCCAGCACUGCUCCUGCUGCACUCUCUCCCAGAAUUACCCUCGGCACUUCCCCGAAGGCUUCUCUGAGCCUUUCUCAGAGUGCCAGCAAGGCUACGGCAGCGACUCCUCUUGCAACAGCUCCGAUGGCGUGCUUGUCAACUUCAGUGCCAUCUACAACAAGAUGAACAACAGUGUGCCAGAGAAGCCACCAGUCUCUGGUCCCACCAACCUCAACAGCUCCACCGACCACUCCUGCACCUCGUCUGCUUCUGAUCUGCCAGGAAACCGAGACUCAAAUGGAGGAGCUUUCUAUUUGGACCUUCACACUUCACCAACUGAACCUCCCUUAUCUCAGCAACUUGGAAACACAUUCCCGCUCAUCCGUGAACCGCACCUGUCCUCCUCCUCCACCUGUUCCUGCUCCGUGGAACACCAGGGAGUUCUUGACCUCGAUGCCAACUGCAACUCCUUCCACCCUCCUCAUGUAGGGUCCUCUGGUGAUCUUGCUUCCUGUCUCCAGAGUCAGGCACGCCUGGUUGUCGCCACCCAGAACUACUAUAAACUGGUCACAUGUGACCUUUCAUCCCAGUCGUCCCCGAGUCCCGCAGGCUCCUCAGUUAACAGCUGCUCAGAUGAGCACAGCAAAGGCAGCCCCACCCCAACUCAGCCGAGUGAGUACUUCCUCUUCAGGCAGCAAGCUCGUGAGGAGGGAGUGGAGGAAGAGGAUGAAGAGGGAGCGUCAACUAGGCGGGAUGAUGAGGAGGAGGAGGAGGAGGAUGAAGAGAAGAAGAAGAACCAGCAGGGAGCUAGUGGGGCUAAAGCUGCUCCUGCUCUGAUUGAAGGCCAGGUGUAUGUCAACAUUUCUCCUCCUAUGUCUGGUCGGGGUGUUAUUGGAGGUGGAGCGUCCACCGGAAGCCGUCCACGUUCUCGGAGCUACGAUCGCAACCUGGACAAGUCUCCGUCGCCACGGCUCGGCUCACUAGAGCGUAUGCUGAGCUGCCCCGUUCGGCUCAGCGAGGGCGCCGUCCUGGCCCCGCCUCCUCCUCCAAGGGUAACCUCCUUCGCAGAGAUCGCUAGAAGCAAACGGAGAACUGGAGGAACAGGUGGAUCGCCCUCAGUGAAGGCAGCUGCGGACGCCAUCUCCUCCCACUCGCACUCCUCUGUGGAUUUUUCUCCGAUCCUGGAGCAACGUGUGGAGGCUGACAGUCAGGCCCUGUCGCCCGUACCCUUUACCAGAUGCUACAGUCAAGGCAGUAUAGAGCGACACCUGGAAGGGGGGAGAGAAACCCGGGCCAAGGCAGAAGGUGGUCUCUCGAGUUCUGCAGAAAGCCGCCCAGCGGUGGUGCGCUACAGUAAGGACCAGCGGCCCACCACCCUUCCCAUCCAGCCCUUUACCUUCCACCACCAGUUUGCAUCUAAAGCCCCCCAGCCCAAGCCCCUGGCUCCCCUGCUCACAGGCUACAUCUCUAGCAUGCAGGGCCGCUCCAGCUUGGGCUCUGGGUCUGGGUCUGGGUCUGGUUCUGGCUCCGGAGGUCCGGUUGGGGAGGACAGUGAAGAUGCAGCUGAGAAAGUCCACAGCUUCCAUGGUUCUCUCACCACAACAGCUCCUCCUCCUGGAUCAGUUAGGCCUUCGCCUCUUGGGAGCUACUCCCCGGUCCGGCUCCAGGGGGCACCCAGCUCUGGGACCUGCUCCACCUGCACCCCCAGCCCUAAGCCAACACACAGCCUCUCCUGCCCGCUUUCAGCAGGCCUCGGCCCCCUGCACAGCCCACCGAUGGUAAAACAGGGAGGGGCAUCAGCUCCAUUACCCCCUACUCCUCCUCCUUCAUCACUGGGGGUGAAGAGAGGGGCGGUGCCACCAAUGCUGCCAGCAGUGCAGGGACACUGUUUCCACCGUGGAGGUCUGCCGAGCUUACCAGCACUUCAUAGUGACAAUCUGAGCCCACUGGGCUGCCUGGACUCUGCAAAGCAUGGGGAGGGAAACAAAGGACAUGCAGCCAGGACACAUAACGCACACCACCUCUCUCCUCAGGCUCUCAAAUGGAGGGAGUACCGUCGUCGAAACCCUCUGGGAGUGGAGAGGGUCUCAGGGUGCCACGCUUCUGCUGGAUUGGGACCACGACCUGCCAGACGCAACGUCUUUGAUUUCCCUUCAGUCCCGUCUGCCCACAAGCUGGGCCGGCUCAAUGGAGUGGGCCAAUCAGCUAAGCUGCAGCAGAGCUACAGCGACUUCCUGCCAGACUACUUUUCUCUGACAGAGAAGCCGCCUGAGGAGUUCUGCCUCUCCCCUGACGCGUCCACCUCCUCUUCCUUUUCUUCAUCCUUGCAGUCUCACAUCUCUGUUGACCUGACGCAGAAGAGAGCUUUGGUGAAAGCUGUGAACACUGCAGUGGAUCUGAUCGUGGCACACUUCGGCACCAGCAGAGACCCCGAUGUGAAGGCAAAGCUCGGGAACAGCUGGGUGAGUCCCAACGUGGGUCACCUGAUCCUGAAGUACCUGUGUCCGGCCCUGCGCGAUGUGCUGCAGGACGGUCUGAAGGCCUACGUGCUGGACUUGAUCAUCGGACAGCGCCGCUGUCAGCCCUGGAGCCUCGUGGAGGCCUCCACACAGCUGGGCCCGUCCACACGUGUUCUCCACAGCCUGUUCUCAAAGGUGAGCCAGUACUCGGAGCUCACGAGCCACAGCAUGAGACUGAACGCCUUCAUCUUCGGCCUGCUCAACCUGAAAUCUUUGGAGUUCUGGUUCAAUCACCUGUACACACAUGAAGAUAUUAUAGCAGCAUACUACAGCCCAUGGGGUUUCCUUCCCCUGUCACAGGGGCCAUGCCAGCCUCUCUUUGAGGAGCUCCUUCUCCUGCUGCAGCCUCUGUCACUGCUCCCCUUUGACCUGGACCUGCUGUUUGAACCGCAUCUCCUCCAAAAGGGACAGGAGCAGCUGCGUCGCAAGGAGCAGCUCUGCUCUGCAGGCCAGAGCGUUGACCAGUCGAGCUGCUCCACCUUCCAGCUCAUGAGGGGGUGGAGCAACACUGUCAGCGAAAUGGUCAAGGACUCGAGUGCAGAGGUGAAGAAAGAGAAGGCAGGGCUGAGGCGAGAAGGAACAUGGCCAAGGAUGGAAGGAGUUGGGUUGAGAAGAGAGGUGUCAGGGGGGAGAUCGAUGUUGAGGAGAGAGGGGGUUACAGCUGAGAGCAUGACAGCCAGGCCUGAUAGCAGAGGGACAGUGAAGGAAGUAGGGUUUGCACAUCUCUGGAAGGAGAGGGGGGUUGAAGGGCAGAGGGUGAAAGGUGUAGGGCAGGAGAGCCAUGGAGAAUGUGAAGAUAUACCGGAGAAGGACAAGAGGAAGGAAAAAGACAGAGUUCCUGCAGACGAAGGACGUCAGCGGCAAGACAGACAGGCCGGCUGGUGGUACCAGCUCAUGCAGUCCUCCCAGGUCUACAUCGAUCAGUCCACAGAGGGGUCAAAGUUUGUUAAGACUGAGAAGAGAAAGAAGUCAUCGGAGAGACGACAGGGCCAGCUACCACCCACGAGAGAGGGUGUGGUGGAGGGAGCGGAGGCCAGCCAAGAAGGUGAGGGUGAGAAGACGAACAGCAGUAGCUUGAGCAGAGAGCCAUGUGGAUCCAGGGGGCGGCCUUCGUGGAUGGGCAGCCCCCCAGAGUCUGUUCUCAAUCAGGAGAAAGAGACCAACCCUCUGGAGGUUACAGGGACCGGACCCCACGCUGGAACCCAGGCGGAGAGCCCCUCACAGGGGCAGAGUCUGCGCUGGGGCCGGCUCUUUGGCUCUAGUGUUGGUUCUCCCUCAAGAGCAGAGGGAGCUGAACAGAAGGCAAAAGCCCAAAAGACCAGACCUCCGUCGGGCUGGCUUGGCUUGGAUCGGUCUGUUCUUGACCUUGUAGCACUGACCAUUGCAGCAGGCAGUGGGAAGAAGGCGGAGCUUCCUGCCACACCAACUCGCACCCAAAGUACAGCUCCACCAAUGUCGACUCACCCAACUGAAGCCAAACUACAGUCUCCCUGUGAAGUACGAGCACUGUGCCACCACAUUGCCACCGAGCCCGGACAGCUGAGCUUCAACAAGGGCGACAUCCUGCGCGUUCUGAGCAAGGCCGACCCUGACUGGCUGCUCUGCUCCCUGGGCUCCACCCAGGGCUUGGUUCCAAUCGUCUACGUCACCCUCAAUAGCAUGGAGGACAGCCAGGAUGCCACUGGACUCGGGUACUGCUGAGCAAGAGAAAACUGUCCAAAAGAUGAAGCCCAACAGACACAGAGGGUUUCCCUCCCGCACACGGACUGAACACACAAACUUGUUUUUGUCUGCACAUUUGAACGAUUCCUGAAAAAAAUAACACAACGUUGUAGAAAAGCUGAAGAGUCUAAAGAUACAGACAGAACUGUGAGGGAAGCAUGCAGGCUCGAUCACAAACUCACAUCUGCUUCAAGGGUACGUCCAGACAAGUAUGCAUGCAUACAUCCAAAACCCCCCAAAAGAUCAGAAACAGACCCAAAGACUCUCAAACGCUUCUUCCUCCGCGUCUCCUCCUAGCUUAGCUACGCGACGGUCCAGUCUGUAUAGCCUCCAUCUCUGAUUUCACCAGAACGAGGAGGGGCGGCUCUCAGAUGGUGAUCUUUAUGAUAGGAUAUCCUGUACUCCAUACCUGGCUGCGCUCCGCUGUACAGGUGCGCCACACUUUAAACAUACUGCUCCAAUUAUCGCCCUCAGUCACAUGACAGGUUGGUUUGAUGUCCUGUUGCAAAUUUAGUGCCGAUAUGAUCUUUGCAUUCAUGUAGAAAUGAGUGAAUCUUUGCUUUUUUGGUAAGGUUGAUAUAAAUGCAAGAGCUAACUUUUGGAUACAUGUUCUGUGAUUCAGCAUAUUUUUAUUAUUAUAAUGAGACGGUGGAGAUCUGCACAUUUCGUGUUUGUGUCAGCAGCUGUUCAGCCAUUCAGAGUGAAAAGAGAGCAGAAGGAAAAUCUUCCUUUUCUUUUAUUCCUCUGUUUUAUUUGAUCUCUGUUCGUCUGAGCGUGACAGCUGGAUGAGGUGGUGGUUAACACGGUUGACUUGCAUGAAACCUCUUGGAAAUCUUAUCCUUUUCCUUACAGUCCUGUUCCGCGUCUCCUCCCGCUCACUCUUACUCUCACAUCCAAGAAGACUUGACGACAUGUGAGGACGGCGGGGCUGAGCUUGUGGUGACACAGCCCGAUUUAUUGGUAUAUACUGUAAAUGCAUAAGUGACUUAAAUGUCUGAUAAGUUAUAUUUAUUUACUGAUCUGAGGGAAGCAUCUGCACGGAUGCUUGCAGAAAGCAGGGAUGUCAAAUGAAAGCAAAGCAUCACUGAAAAUGGGGAUGAUGGGAUUUUUGCUCCAGCCUGGAAGUUUGUUUCGAGUUUUUGCAUUUUGAACAGGGUGAAAACUCAAUUAUGCCUUAAAGUGCUUAAGGGAAAAAAAGAGGCACCUGUCCAGCUUUUUGUCCUGACACUAUAUUCUGUAAAUGUCUUACGUGACAUUUCCCCGAGGUUUGUGUCUGCAGUACGGUGAAGAAAUGGAGACCUGUGGCGAUAAUUUUGAUGUCUAAAGGGAAACCCCAGCCCGGUCUGUAACGGAGGCUCUGUCAUGUUCAGGUGUAAAAUGUGGCCUUAGGUUCAAAAUGAGUUGAUGAAGUAAAAUUCUGACUGUAUACUGUAAACCUGGAUGGGUGUUAAAUGUAUACAGAUGGCCAGUCUGGAAAAUUACACAUUAUAAAGAGGUAAAAAUUAAUGUACAUUUAUUAAAUAAAUGAAUGCUUGUGUAUUUUUUGAAAAACUUGCAUAGGAUGUAAUUUCACCGUUUCAGUUUUCCAUUACAUUAUUGUAUAGUUUUUAUUUUUAUGUAUGAUUUUUUUUUUUUUAACAUUUAAUUCCAACAAAAUGAUUAACAUUUCAUCCAACUGUAAAUAUAUUUAAACCCCUCCAGAAUGAAGUUGUAUGUAUGAAUAUUAUUAAAAGUUUCAGUGCGUUUUAUGUUCAAAGCAGAAAGCAAGUAUAAGCUUCAGUUUCACUGCUAACCAACCUGCUGACUGUACGGUUUGCUGUUCAUUGACAUCCCGUUCAGAGUUCACGCGGGACCGGCAGAAAUAAACACACAGUAAUUAAAACAGAGGGGGCGAGGGGGGGUCCGAGUCAAAGGCAGGCUUCUCUUGUGAGUUGAGCAUUUAAUUAGCUGGGAUGUCGUGCAUUAAAAUGCUGCACGUGCAGGAGUGGCAGAACAGAGACGGAAAGAAAGGAGUGACCUUUGUUUCUCUCUGCGUCCUCUCUCCUGGGCUGCCUGUAAAUACCUUCAGCAUCAGUGACACUGCUCUUCUCUCUGUGUCCAGGCUAUAUGAUGUGUACGUAUGACCUUAUCAAACUACUAUGGAUGUUAAAUAACAA